AAUUACAAAAGGCCGACAAACAAAAAAGCAGGAGCUAUCUGAUUAGGGCGAGAACAGUGAAUUGAGGUGGAUGGGCGAAUCCAACAAACAAGACAACCUUGUUCUCCGAAUUCUCGUAAUUAUGCUAAAAAUAAAAAUGCAGACCUCAAUCUGGAAAUCUAUAUCCAAAUUCACUGUUCUCCUACUGCACACUGCACAUAUCUUUACAUUUAUCCGAAUUCAAUAUGCACCUUGCUUGCAAUUUCUCAAUAGUCUUUAGUCUUUUCCCCUCCACAAACUCCGCAGUCCACCCCCACUUCCCCGGCAAAGCGACCUACGCAAACAAAUUUGUCCACACAUAUACUAUCCGAUAAUACCACCCGUCGUAGGUUGUAACUUGUAACUACGAAAGUAGGAAUCUUUUCUUGAAAAUCGGCUGAUUUGGAUAUCUGGGUCGAUGCCUCGACGCUGCUCUCAUUGCAGCAACAACGGUCACAACUCAAGGACGUGCCCGGCGAGGGGUGGCGCCGCCGCUGGCGGCGGCGGCGGCGUAGGAGUGAAGCUCUUCGGGGUGAGACUUACGGAUGGGGGGUCGAUCAUGAAGAAGAGUGCUAGCAUGGGGAACCUCUCCGCCCUCUACCAUUCGUCCUCGUCCGCCGCCGCGUCUCCCAACCCGGGCUCGCCGUCCUCGGAUGCUUUCCGUGAACCGGUGCACUUGUCCGACGGGUAUGCCUCCGAUGAUCCAACCCACGCUUCUUGUUCCACCAAUCGUCGAGCUGAAAGAAAGAAAGGUGUUCCGUGGACAGAGGAAGAGCACCGGCUUUUCCUACUUGGUCUGCAGAAGCUGGGCAAAGGGGAUUGGCGGGGUAUAUCAAGGAACUAUGUAACUUCAAGAACGCCCACUCAGGUAGCAAGCCAUGCCCAAAAGUAUUUUAUCCGCCAGAGUAACGUUACCAGGAGAAAGAGAAGGUCUAGCCUCUUUGACAUGGUUGCGGAUAUGGCUACAGAAUCCCGACCAUUUCCAGAAGAACAGUUUAUGCUCCCCCCUCGAGCGUUAGAAACUGACGAGGCAGAGGCAGAGGCAGAGACAGAGGCGGUGGAAACUGAUCGUGCACAUUCGUUACCUUCUUUACAGCUCUCUCUCAAGCCAGGAUUUGAAUCGAUGGAAACCACCCCAAGUGAGCCUGUCGAAAACACAGAAGAAAACGUGACACCCUCAUUGGAAGCUCCUCGGGUGUUCCCCACAUUCAUCCCGACUUACAUCCCCAUUUCAUUUCCAUUAUGGUCAUCAAACGCUGUUCCUCUGGAUGAAGAUACAGGAGGAGAUACCUCCCACCAUCAGAUCCUGAAACCUAUACCAGUAGUCCCUAAAGAACUGGUCAACGUAGAUGAACUAGUGGGAAUGUCCCAGCUGAGCCUAGGCGAAAGCAUUUCUUGCCAAAUAGAACCCUCCCCGCUUUCUCUUAAGCUGACCGGAGAACCAUCAAGACAGUCGGCAUUUCAUGCCAGCACCCCAGUUCAUAGCAGCUCAGAAAUUGUCAAGGGUGAAGCUUCUCCACUCAAAGCAGUUUAAGUGUACCUGGUAGGUCUCAUAUUCACUUUUCCCUGUUAUCCUUUCUUGUUCUGGUGUAAUUACCUCUGCUCUAAUGUAGCUUAGGGUCUGUGAAAAGGGCAAUAUUGUAUAUAGUGUUCUCCAUCUUGAUGAACAGCUAGGGUCUUUACAUGAA